AUGUAUCAUACAAGUACUUUACAACGUAACAACAAUAAAAAAACAAUGGGACGAACAUCAAAAGAAAUCGCCAUCGCCUUUGCAUUGAAUAUUGGUGCAGGUUUAGCAACAUGUAUUGGUGGAUUAGUGCCUUUCAGCCGAAAGCUUAUCUCACUGGCGAAACCAUCACGAAUCGGAAUUGCUUUAGCCUUAUCGGCUGGUGUGAUGAUUUUUAUAUCUCUUGCUGAAAUAUUUGGCAAAAGUGAUGAAGAAUUUCAAAAGUUUUUUGGAAAAAAUACCGCAAAUAUUUGUCAGAACCUAACAAAUUCGUGUCAAGAUUUACGAUUUCAAUGUGCAAAUCGCAAUGUUUGCAAUGAAAUUCAGACUGUUUGUCAAACUUUCACCAAUGAAACGUCGAACGAAUUCCACUGUGAUAAGGCAUGUCGAGGACAUAGUAAAACAUUAACUACGGUUUUUUUUCUCCUUGGUGCUGCAUUAAUCUUCCUAUUAGAUUUUAUUGUUCACAAAAUUUCACCUGAUCAUAAACAUGAUAUCGACAUUGAAGAAAUUAAUCAUUUAAACCACCAAUCUGUGCUAGUUAAAGAUCAUGAAGACGGCUCAAAUUCUCAUCCAAACGGAAGUCUUCAUAACACGAAAGCCCAUCAAUCGUUAAAUCGUACAGGAAUCUUAACAGCACUUGCGAUUGGACUUCAUAAUCUUCCCGAAGGUAUCGCAACAUUUCUCGCGGCCAGUAUCAAUUUGAAAACAUCAGUACCGUUAGCUCUUGGAAUUGCCUUACAUAACAUUCCGGAAGGGAUUGCUGUGGCAACACCAGUUUAUUUUGCAACACAAUCAAAAUGGAAAGGACUUCUCUAUACGUUCAUUUCAGCACUUGCUGAACCUCUCGGUGGACUUAUUUGUUUUCUGAUUAUUAGUAAUGGUCUCAAUCCAUUCGUUAAUGGAGCGAUGUUUGGCAUCGUCGUUGGAAUGAUGAUAACCAUCUCAUUGAAAGAAUUGAUUCCGACUGCAUUGCGGUUCUGUACAUCAAAAGGCAAAAUCAGUGUGUCGAUAUUAGUUGGAAUGUUAAUUAUGGCGUUGAGUUUGAUUAUUUUUGAUUAUCUCGGUAUGGAGUGA